AUGUCUGCACAUUCCUCCUCCCAAUCCCCCUUGUCCUCUUCUCAGGAUGUUCAAAUAACUUAUGUUGAACUAACGAAUUUUAAACCACUCAAAUCAGCAGAAUUAUGGAUCGGCGAUCAUCGACACACACUUCUUCUUCAUCAGAGAGGCAAAGUUCUCCGCGCAGAGUUUGCACCAGCUCUACAGUUGACUUCGCGCGAGCAGUGCCGCCUACAGAUUCAUCACAAGCGAGGUCUAUUGUCACGCAAACCGGACGAAACCAUCACCCUGAAUUCUUGCGAUAUAUUGUCGACUACAGACGAUAGGGAAUUUGUUCACGUUCAUCGCGAUAUGCAAAUUGUUUGCGGUAUCAGCAGGCGAGAAACGAGGCGGGACCCAGCAGAUUGUCGAGGAGAUGCAUUGUCGACGCUUGAACCUACCACUGAAGAGAUCCUUAGGAAGUGUCCGCGAUUCCGAAUUCUGGUUAUUGGAAGGACUGGUGUGGGCAAGUCUUCUUUGAUCCAACAGGUGUUUGGCAUAAAAGAAGCGCUUGUUUCACAUGAUCGUCCGGGAGAAGCCAACAUUGACACGGAGCUCACGUCACCUGAGAACGAUCGGUUCAUCCUGCAUGACAGCAAAGGUUUCGAGCCUGGUGAGGAAGGGAACUACUCGACAGUGGAAACUUUUAUAAAACGACGGAGGGCAAUGCCCAAUUUGAAGGAUAAGUUACAUGCCGUUUGGCUUUGUUUUGCGAUGCCAUAUGCUGGUGGUCGGUUAUUGGAAGCAGGCGUAGAAAGCUUUCUCAAAUCGAGAGAUCAGAUUUUGGGAAAUAUUCCUCUCAUCAUUGUGUUCACCAAAUAUGAUACGCUUUUCGGCCGUGUGCGCUACAACAUGCGGAGAGCAAAUGCGUCUGCACUGGUCGAUGAUAGCCUGGUCAAGCCUCACGUAGAGUCCGACCUACGCACGCUUUGCAUCCAGCCGAUUGAGCGAUUGGCGGGAGUAGGCAUUCCUCACAUCGCGGUCUCUAACCAGUACCAGCAUAAGGACUCGCUCGUGAAAUUGGUUGAGCUGACCUACAAACAUGUUUCCGAGCAUAUUCCCGAAGAGGCAUCGACCGUAACUGCAAUGGCUCAACGGGUAGAUCCCAAAAGCAAAGUCACGGAGUCAAUCGCAGUCGGCAAGAAACGCUAUUGGAAGGCUCUUGCGACGAGCUCAAAUUUCAAAGGUCACACAAUGUGGGACUGUUUUCACGUCAUUCACAAUGAUAUCAUCAAUGUGUGGAACUUCCAUGAUCCCUCUUUGUAUUUGAUGAGCAAGGACUUUAGGACGCUGGUGACGAACAUGGUCGCGGAUGUAGAAGUUUGCUCUACGCCGAAUCCAGUAACGACUCUCACGGGCGGCGGGUCAUUCGUUGCAGCUAUUACCGCUGCAGUAGGUGCCUUGGCCGGUCCUGCUGCACCAAUCGUUGUACCUAUUGCUGCGGGACUAGUGUUGGUUGCGUGGGUUUACACCGUAUAUGAGCAAUCACGGGUGGUACAGCAGAGAUUCAUGGCAUAUAUUGUGGAUCUCACACACAUCAUGGAGAUGCUGUUGAUCAUCACUGCUGACAACAGUCACAAACCGCUAAAUCGUCGCGCUAUCAAGCUCGCGUUCACAUCGUACUCCGAGUCGUCCACGAGAGCUCAGGUUCAUGCUGAGAUCGAGAAUUUUGAGGGCAACAGGGUUUUGCACGGCCGCGAUGAUACCUUGGAGAAGAUCGAGUCCUUGAUCCAGCUCACUUCGAAUAGCAUGCCAACUGUAUUUCAAGAUCAUGCCCAAAUUCCACCAGUAGAUUUAGACCAGGACGAAGUCUGGUAG